AUUUUUAAUAUUGACGGUUUACUGAAGUUUUUAAAAGAAAGAAAAACGCGUUGAGGAAAUGCAGAAGAUUGUGUAUUCAUUUUAAACAUAGUAUAUUAGCCUACCUAAAAGGUGUAUACGGUUAUAAUUUGCAGAAGUUUGAAUUAAAGAAAUGGCCGAAACAAUUGAACAAGAUGCAACGAAAUAUCCUGGUUUUACAGGAGAGUGCCACCCUGGGCCUUUCACCACCAUGCCUGCUCAGCCCACAGAGAAAAAGCCCGGACAGCUGCCCCUGGAGAAGGUCCAGGAAUACUUCGACCAGGGCUUUACGGUAGUUGAAGGGUUUUUCACAGAGGAAGAAAUAGAGCCAUGUCGGCAAUCGUUCGCCCGUUUGAUUGAUAACAUAGCCCAAAAGUUAUAUGACACUGGCAAAGUAAAAAACCUAUAUUCGGAGUGCAACAUGAGUGAGCGGCUAAUACGACUGGAGAAGGAAUGGCCGGGAGCCGUCCUCAUGCUCCUGAAACUCGGCAAACUCACGCCGGAGUUCGAGGCGAUGUACCAGAACGAGAAGCUCCUUAACGCCAUCGAGCAGCUGGUGGGGCCAGAGAUAGGGGCUAGCCCCGUAUGGAACACCCGGCCUAAGACUCCCAGCCAUAAAGAGACGGACGUUCCCUGGCACCAGGAUUCGGCGUACUUCGACUUGGAGAGCUAUAAGUCUUUGAUUGCCACAGCAUGGAUCGCAUUUGUUGACGCCACGGAGGAAAAUGGCUGCAUGCAGUUUGUGCGCGGAGGCCAAAGGAAGGGUAUGGUUGUCGUCCAUGAGUGUUGUGACAACUUCUACCUCAUGAUUAAAGAGGAUGAACUCGUCAACAGGCUAGGAGUGGACCCGGAGAAGGACUUCAUAACGUGUCCCGUGAAGGCGGGCGGCGUCAUCUUCUUCAGUAACAUGGUCCCGCAUCGCAGUAUUCAGAAUCGUUCGGACCACAUCCGGUUUGCGAUGGACCUGAGGUACCAAGACCCGAACCGACCAUGGGGUUUCUACGGUAUGAGCAAGGGAAUACUGCUCCGCUCCCCCGCCAAGCCCGAUAAUAUUCCUGACUGGGACUUUUAUGGGAACCAAGACAGAUACUCAAAGAUCGAUAAACUUGUCGAAAAGAAGUCGGGCGACCACCUCGACGAGUUCAGCCCAUUUCUGACUGGACCGCAUAUGGACGCUUGGAAAGUAGCCGUCCCCAGCAUCCACACUGAGCAGUUCUUCAAAGAGCAGCGCGAGAAAGAAAAACAACAGCAACAAGAACAACAGCAACAAUAGCUGCAUUCGUUGUGAUCGUGCUGCCAAAAGCUAUAACAGACUGCUUGUAAAUUGUGAUUGUUAGGAAUGGCAUCAUGAACUGUUAUGUAAACUGUGAUAUUGUCACUUUGUAUCGUGUAUUUAGGUGGUCGAAUCACCAACUAAUAAGAUAUUAUUUAUACUCGUGAAAAUAAUAUUCAAUCAUUAAAUGUUUUGAAGAAGUUUCAA